AUGUUGACGGAGUAUUUGCUUCUACCAUUGCUGGCGACGUACAGUGCGGCAGUACAUAUCUCUGUAGCAAAGUCUGGCGGCAAUGCCACCACCAACUUGCAGUAUGGCGUGAUGGAGGAGGAGAUCAAUCAUUGUGGUGAAGGUGGUCUCUACGCGGAACUGAUUCGCAACAGAGCUUUCCAAGGCAGCACGACUUAUCCAUCAUCUCUGGAUGCAUGGACAGCCGUGGGCCGUUCAAGGCUCUCCCUUCAAAACCUGACUAGCCCACUUUCUUCUGCUCUUCCAACUUCUGUCAAGGUUUCAGGAAAAGGAACCGUAGGUCUAUCAAAUGAUGGAUUCUGGGGAAUUGAUGUGCGACCUCAGAAAUACUCUGGAUCUUUCUAUGUGAAGGGCUCUUACAAGGGCUCGUUCACAGCUUCUCUUCUCUCGGCCACUAGCGGAAAGACCCUGGCAAGUACCAAGGUCAAAUCUAAGAGUGUGGCAGGUGAAUGGGUCCAACAUGAAUUUACUCUGACGCCAAAGAAAACUGCUGCCAAUACGAACAACACACUCUCACUUACAUUUGAUGCUUCCAAAGCAUCCGAUGGCUCCCUUGACUUCAACUUGAUCAGCCUGUUCCCACCAACGUGGAAUGAUCGCCCCAAUGGGAUGCGACGUGAUUUGAUGCAGGCCUUGAGCGAUUUGGGUCCGAAAUUCCUCCGCUUCCCCGGUGGUAACAACCUCGAAGGAGAUACUAUCGAUGGCCGCUGGAAGUGGAAUGAGACCAUUGGACCCCUCACGGGCCGACCUGGUCGUGCCACGACUUGGGGCUAUGAAGAGACCAGUGGAAUGGGUUUGGUCGAAUAUAUGGAAUGGUGCGACGAUCUUGGCAUGGAGCCCAUCCUUGCCAUAUGGGCCGGGUUUGCUCUAAAUGGAGAUGCCGUCGCAGAGGCCGAUAUUGAUGCCUACGUCCAAGAUGCCCUGGAUGAGUUGGAGUUUUUGACUGGCUCUGUUGAUACCAAAUAUGGUGCUCUGCGUGCCAAGUACGGUCACUCGGAUCCUUGGACUAUCCGUUACGUCGAGGUUGGCAACGAAGAUAACCUUAAUGGCGGCCUGAGCACAUACGAAUCAUACCGCUUUGCAGCAUUCUAUGAUGCAAUUACUGCCAAGUAUCCGCAUAUCCAGGUCCUGGCGUCAACCAUCGACAUGACCCUACCUGGGUCAGCUGGUGGUGAUUAUCAUUUGUACGAUGUCCCGGAUAACUUCGUCACCAAUUUCGGCAUGUUCGACAAUUACACAGACAAGCACCCAAUUCUUCUUGGCGAAAUUGCUGUGACAGAGUUCAACAAUGGUGUCGGAAUUGACUGGAACGACAAAAACUUCUCACUGUAUCCUUGGUGGAUUGGCUCAGUCGCCGAAGCUGUUUUCCUCCUGGGUGCUGAGCGUAACGCAGACAAGAUUAUCGGAACGACCUAUGCGCCGUACUUCAUGAACCUGGACAGCUAUGAGUGGUCGCCGACCAUGAUCUCUUUCAAUGCCGACCCGGAUGACACGGCCAGGUCAACCAGCUGGCAUGUGUACAAUCUCUUCAACAAGAAUCACAUGACUAACACUCUACCUGCAACUUGGGAUGGCACGUAUGGUCCGCUUUACUAUGCCGUCGGUCUAGACAGUGUGACCGACUCUCACAUCUUCAAAGCGGCAGUAUAUAACAGCACCGCCGAUGUACCAGUGUCGCUUACCUUUGAGGGUGUUGGGCGGGGCACGACUGCAGACUUAACGAUCUUGACAGCACCGAACGCUUUCUCAAUGAACGAAGUUGGCGGUGCCAACGUUGUGCACAGCCAGACUACCACGGUCAAGGCCGGCAAGAAGGGCGUCUUUAGCUUCAGUCUGCCUAAUCUGAGUGUUGCCGUCCUCACAACCAACGCUUGA